AUGGGGACACUACGGCUUGAGGACCAGCCUUUGGGACAAUUGUUGGAAUUGUGUCCUAUUGAGGUUGAGAAGGAUGCUAUGAUGAAGAGGGCUAAUGAGUUCAUCCAAACACAUUCAUGCAAAGACUCUAUCGCAAACAAAGUUUUGAUUUUACAGUUUUAUUUAUAUAUUGAUCUCUUUAUUUUGCUGGGGAAAAUAUUGAAUCAUGGAUUAAUUCAGGUGAAACCUACUCUAAAUUGUGUUAGUUACUUUUUUUUUUCUGCAUCAUUGCAGGCAAAUGUCAAUCUGUUUGCUAAUCAGAGUGCUUCUCCUGCGACAUUUCAUUCAGACGCGGACUUGUUUGCAGCAGCAAAUUCAGGGUUGUUUACAGAGACGAAGUCUUCCAAUCCAACAAAUAUCAGUUCUUUUGAUCCAUUUGCAGCAUCAGAUUCUAUAUUUUCCUCUUCCUCUGAAUCAAAUGUUCCCAGUACGAACCCUACAAGUAGCUGCGCCAUUGAUCCCUUUGCUGCAAUUCAAGUGAGCAAUGUUACUGGAUCUGAUGAACUCUUUGGUUCUUUCACUUCUAAUACCGCACCAGCUUCAAGAGACCCUUCAAAGGAUUCAUCAAACACCAGCCAGUCGGCAUCCAAAAAGGAACCUUUUCAAGUCAAGUCUGGGAUUUGGGCUGAUUCUUUGAGCCGUGGAUUGAUUGAUCUGAAUAUAACAGCCCGUAAUGUAUUUGUGUCAGCUAAGAAGACAAAUCUAGCAGAUAUUGGUAUUGUUGGUGGUCUUACUGAUGAAUCCAAUGAGAAGGAAAGGGCUCUACCUCCGCCAUCAUACAUGGGGAGAGCGAUGGGUGCAGGAUCAGGCCUUGGCAGGACAACAGGCUUAUUUUCUUCAACAACGACGACAGGAGAAAAUUGGGACUUCUCUACCUUCCAGUCAUAGAAUUGAAAGUUCUAUUGAUAAUUUCAUUAUUUCUCACCGUUUAUUGGACAAUAAGCUUGUUUGCUGUAUUCUUGAUCGGAAGAUAUUGUGCUUAGAUUGCUCUUUUUGGGUAUUUUUUUUCAAGGUAUCAGUACAUUUUUUCUGGGAUUA